AUGAGGAAGCAGUUCUCAUUCCAGGAACUAACAAACGUCGGCAGAGUAUCAGAGCACAGAAAUAUCAACCGUCUGCUCAUGGAACACAAUUAUGACAGCGAUGGAAAUCUCAUAGCCUGGCCUUUGAAAACACAAAUACAACGGCGAAAUGAGUUCCCAAUUCCUCCAUCAACAGGUGGAAAAUCCCCUGGUUCGACAUCGGUGCAGCCAAGCGAUAUCCAAGCAGCUUUUGCAGGAUACAGCGAUGAUGAUGACGAUUAUUCAGAGUCUUCAUAUUCGGAGGGGCAAGGGCACACCCGAGCACACAGAAUGAGAUUCCCGCCACAUAAACUGCCGCGCUCAAAGAUUUAUGUGCCCGGUGGUUCCAGCCGCCAUGCCAUACAUGUCGACCCGCUGAGUUCUGAGGACCGGAUAAUAAACAUGUGUUUAUCAGUCAGUGAUGAUCUCGAGCACGAGCUAGAGGAGUUUUCGAAGUUGAGGAGGCUGGGGCGUUUCACCGACGCUUUUCAGUUGUUCGACCAACGGGCCGGUCACUUCUUGCAUAACCGAUACAUCAGAGUCCAGUACGGCCAAUGUCUGCUCGAAGCUGGAGAGCUGGGACGGCUGGCUCAGCUCGCCAAGGAAUGGGAACCUAAACGCUACUCGUCCUCAAUCGAUGCGCUGGAUGUCAUCUGGAUGUUCCUCGCUUGGGAGGUUGAGGCUGUAACGCCACAACUGUCGGAAACAAAGUCAUUUCUCGAGGCAGGCCUAUGCAUGAUCCGCAAACACUGGCCAGGCCUCGACUCUACUGAAAUGGCUCUUCUUGGAUGCCUCUGCAAAAGAAAUGCUAUUUACCCAAGCGGCUUUCUUGCAUCCGACGAUUGGAUCGACCUUUGCGAGCAUCUUGUGGAGGAGGGCAUGAUAUGGGAAUUUCGCGACUUCGCACAGUGGCUGAUCGAAACACGCGAUGAUGGUGAUCUCGUGGAGCACAUGUGCCAGAGGUGGCUGGCUGACGACGGUCGUCCGGAAAACCAAGACGACUCGACUUUGCUUGCCGUUUUGGACAUUCUCGCCAAACUGAGCCUGACCAAGAUGAAGAAGAAAAAAGGAGAUACCAAGGCCGAAACAUGCUUCCAGCUUGCCCAGCAGUUUUCUUUGGAGCUGAUCGCGCGAGACGAAACGUACGCCAAAUCACAGCCGUACUUGAGGUGGAUUAUGGCCAAUGUGAUAAAAGAGGAUCCCGAGGGUUCUCAUUCCCGCGACAAGAUCACAAUCAACGAGACGGAUACGGCAGGCUUCUUAGCCAUCUCGAACGCAGUAUUCCCAUCUUAUUUCCCCCCUAUAUUUGCGCCAGCAGAGGACGAGAUGGCCGAGUGGGCGCCCAAGUCUCGUGGGGCUACGUGGGGCUUGACUGAAACGGUUCGAACGGUCCUCCGCGCCGCCGAGAACCUUGGGGACCACCGAUUCAGAGCUGGGUGUUUAAUCGAGCUUAUGUAUCGCGGUGCAGAGAGCCCUGGGGCGGUAUCAGACGCCCUUAUCGACCAUUGGACCGUGACCGGCAACGCAACGGAAAAGAAGAGGAUGCACUUGUUCCGAUAUAUGCUGGCCAAUACCGAUUCGGCUCGCGAGCGGCUUAGGCUCGAUAUUCUCGCCGAUGGCCCAUUCCACGAGUCACCCGCUCUUCAAUUAAAACAGUACAGAACGCUGCGCGCGCUUUCGAGCAGCGUCAAUGACAAGAGCCGCUACGCAAGGCUCAUUGAGGUCGAGCUGGACAGCUACGAUGCUUGGGAGGAGAUGCUAGGUAGCCUGUCUAUGGCAUUUCCAGAUGACGACAACCCAGAAACGCUCCAUGAAAUCCAAGCGUUCUCCAGGGAACCAAGUCACGACCAGGGAGACGAUGUGGUUGCACGCCACCAGGGGGGCAACCGGCAGCAACAGCUCCAGCUAGAUACAAACAAAGAUGCGGGGCGCGCAGCCUCUUCGGUAACGCGCGAUUAUGAAGAAGAUGUGUCAACCAUACAAGUGCUGCGCAAGAAUCUCAGAGAAGAGGCAAAUUUCAUGCGGCUUGCGCGGGAGAACCUGCAGCUCCAGAAGGAAAGGAUGACGCUUGCGCUUCGACAAUCUGAGGUGCCCAAGCCCGAAGGCGGUGCCGCAAACGAGACAACUGCGCUUACAGUGCCCAACCACAAUCACCCGGGCCAGGAAGCCCUCUUGUUGACAGAGCCAUCCAUGACUGGCCGAGAACGCGUAGGCACAGGGACGCCGGCUUCAUACAUCACCACGAAGAAAAGCGAAGCAUUAUGUCAUGGUCCCGAAGUCGAUGAGUCGUUCGCACAUAUCGGAUCCGGAGAAGGUGACGAUGGCAAGAUUAGAGAUCAUGGUUCGAUGUCUACUGCUGAGUCUGAACAGUCGCAAGCAGAAGUUCGUGAGAAACAAAAGUCGCAAAAGUCCGCAUCACACCAGGUUGAAGUGCAGUCCGUAUCUGACCUAGAAGAUGAUACGAUGGGCUCUCGAGAUGUCAAUGACGGCAAGCUCAUCAAGGAGAUGGAUUUGCUCCGGAAAGAUAACGCUAGUCUGAUUGAGACUCUGAAACUACGAGAUGCUACUCUCAAGUCAACUGAGGAAAGUCUCUCGGCGGCCAAAGCCCAAAACCUCCGCUACAGAGAAGAGCGAAACGCAGCACUGACUGCAAUGGAGGGGAAACUCGGAGGCGGUGCAUCAGACCCCCUUGAGGACUUCAUAAAGCAAAAUGAAAGGGCCAAGGAAGAGAACGCACGUGUUGGACAGCCGUCUUUUCUCCAAUCCAGAAGACCCGCUGAGUAUAGUGCAAACAUUGCAGAUUCGUCCUCGGCGAAUGAAAGGCGUCGAGAAUAUGCUCCCCUGUCUUGA